AUGGAGCACGUUUCUAUUGAUCGUCAUAUUGAAUCCGAUACCAGGUUUUCCCGCGGAAUGUGGGAAUUGAAAAAUGGCAUUUCCGCUAAUUGGGCUGUGGAAGUUGUCAAGUCUCAAGUGAAAGAUAGUGAAAUUCACUCUGUGGCCGCAACAAGAAAGAUUUGGAACCGUGGAGCCACCUUGAACAACCCCACUAUCACGACAAAGGUGUCCCUGCCCAUGGAAGGUGUCAUUGGUUUGGAGGCUUACCAUCACCAAAGUGCAUAUCUCCGCAACGGAGAACCUCGUUACGAACUCAAUUCGUUGUCUCCUACCUCGGUAGAUAUCUCGGACAAGGAAGAAACCGUAACUUUGAAGGCAGGUUCGGUUUUAGCUUCGGUUUCGAAGAAAGACUUUGGCAUUGAUUUUGUGGGGGAUUCCAAAAGUUUGACGAAACUUGGUUUCAGAUCGCUUGGAUUUAUUGAAGAUCUGAGGUACCCAGAUCCCAAGUCGCUGUAUGGCAAGGCUCGAGGCUAUACGGUGGCCCAACUCCAUUUGUCGGUGGGCGAAAAACUUUAUGGGUUGGGAGAAAGAUUUGGACCAUUUGUGAAAAAUGGACAAAGAGUUGAAAUGUGGAAUGAAGAUGGAGGCACCUCUUCUGAGUGGACCUACAAGAAUGUUCCAUUCUACCUCAGUUCCAGAGGUUAUGGAGUUUUUGUGGACAAUUCCUCAAAUGUCACUUUUGAACUCCAGUCGGAAAGAACCACCAGAGUCAAUAUUGCCGCCAUGGGACAAGGAAUUAGGCUCUAUAUCAUCCACGGACCCGAUCCCAAAACCAUCUUGGAGCGCUACACCAAUCUUACUGGAAAACCAGCGCUUCCUCCAGCUUGGACUUUUGGGCUUUGGCUCUCGACUUCUUUCACCACCGACUAUGAUAUCAAGACAGUUCUGUCGUUUAUCCAGGGAAUGAAAGACAGAGACAUUCCGCUCAGCACGUUCCAUUUCGACUGUUUCUGGAUGAAGGGUUUCCAAUGGUGUGAUUUUGAAUUUGACAAGGACUACUUUCCCGACGCCAAAGCCAUGCUUUCCAAGUUGAAAAAAGAUUUUGGUAUCAAGGUUUGUGUGUGGAUCAACUCCUACAUUGGUCAAGAGUCGGCGUUGUUUGCUGAAGCCGAUUCCAAUGGCUAUUUCAUAAAAAAUGUGGACGGCUCUUCGUACCAGACCGACCUCUGGCAGGCAGGUAUGGGAAUUAUUGAUUUCACCAACCCCAAUGCUUACAAGUGGUUCCAAGCCAAGUUGGAAAAGCUAGUGGAUCUUGGAGUGGAUUCGUUCAAGACCGAUUUUGGCGAGAGAAUUCCAUGCUUGGAUGUCAAAUACCAUUCUGGAGCCGACCCGGUCGCCAUGCACAACUACUACACUUUGUUGUACAACAAGUGUGUGUUCGAAGUUUUGGAGAAGAAGUUGGGAAAACACAAAGCUUGUCUCUUUGCACGCUCAACUUCAGCCGGCGGCCAGCAGUACCCUGUUCAUUGGGGUGGAGAUUGUGAAUCCACAUUCGAAGCAAUGGCCGAAACUUUGAGAGGAGGUUUGAGUCUCACUCUCUGUGGUUACGGGUUCUGGUCGCAUGAUAUUGGAGGUUUCGAAGGGUCUCCAGAUCCUGCUGUGUACAAGAGAUGGUGUGCUUUUGGGUUGUUGUCGAGUCACUCUCGUCUUCAUGGAUCUGGGUCCUAUAGAGUGCCAUGGAAUUUUGACGACGAGGCGUCUUCCGUGUUGUCCAAGUUCACCAAACUCAAGCUCAGCUUGAUGCCUCACAUUUAUGGAGCUGCAGUCAAUGCCCACAAUACCGGAGUCCCAGUCAUGAGAGCCAUGUUGUUGGAAUAUCCUAACGACUUGUGCGCGCAAACUGCCGAUACCCAAUUUAUGUUGGGAGACAAUUUACUUGUGGCUCCAGUGUUCAAUGCCGAAGGAAACGUCAAUGUCUACUUGCCAGAGGGCAAAUGGUAUGGUUUACUUGACGGAAAAACCCGCGAUGGAGGUUCUGGAAAGUGGGUAGCAGAAGUUCACGAUUACCACUCGUUGCCAAUUUUGGCUCGUUCCAACUCGAUUUUUGUAUCCAACGACAAAGCUACCACCCCCGAGUACGCAUGGAACGAAGACUUUAUUGUCAAUAUGUUUGAUAUUCUGGAAAAGGGCACUUUGGUGCAAAUUCCAGAUCCCGUCAAAAUCGGCGAAUUUGCAGCCAGUGUCGAAGCAAAGAGAAUUGGUCAAGAUAUCGAAGUCAAGGCUACUGGAAAGUUCAAAAAGGGAUUCCAGGUGAAGAUUUUGGGCAGCGCCGGCAAACCAGUUACUGUUAAGAAUGGAAAGGUUGUCGGCACCGAUGCACAUGGAAACACUGUUGUUAAGGUGGACAAUGAUAAGGCAAGUAUUCGAUACUAG